AUGGUUAACGCAACUGAUAAAAAUCUUAUCAGCUAAAUGAAAUAAACCAAUGAUGAGGAGCAGAAAUAAGGAUUUGUUCAAUUUUAAGGUGAUAUCUUAAAUGAGGAUCUUGAAAAUCAAGUAACUGUCCUACAAAAUUAAUUGAGGGAAUAAUAAGUUCUAUUUGAAAUUAAAAAGAAAGAAUACGAAGACAAGUUAGAUCUAUAACAUAAAGAACACUAAGCAGAGAUAAAAUAAUAGUUUUAAGAUUGCUAGUCUAAAUUAAAUUUUCAAGUUAAAGAGAAUAAUGCUUAAUUUUAAACUCCUUAAAAGGAUUAUAAAGACCAAAUAGAUUAAUUAUCACAAUAAUAUUAAGCUCAGCUAAGUAAUUAAGCAUUGAAAUUCUAAAUUAAACUUGAUAACUAGUAAAAUGAAAAUUAAGCCAAAUUAACUUCACUUUAAAAAGAAAAUGAAAAUAAGCUAAUAGCUUUAUCAAAGGAAUAUUAAGGGAAAAUUGAUCAAUUGACUAAAGAUAAUUAAGCAAAAUUAGAUGCAAAUUAAAAAGAACGCUAGACUCUGUUGGACUCAUUAUCCAAAGAAAAUUUAACCAAAUUAUACAACUAAUCAAAAGAAUUCCAACUCAAAUUAGACAAUUAAUCAAAAGAAUAUUAAAUUAAGUUGGAAACUUUGUCUAUAGAUUAUCAAGCCAAGUUAGACUAUUAAUCUAAGGAGACAGAGAAAUUCAAAAAUUAUGCCAGAGAGCUAGAGGGUAAACAGUAAUAAAAACAUUAAUAGAUACCAGUAUUUCCAGAACAAAAAUCAUUAGAAUUUAGAAGACUAGUCGACAAAAUAUUGGAUAAAAAUUGCCAGCAAAAUCUAUUUUUAAUACCUUAUGAAACCAGAUUACUCUACAAAGCAACAAGAGAUGGAUUUACAGCUAGGAGUUUUCAUAAUCUUUGCGAUAAUCAAGGUGCUACUUUUUCAUUUAUAUAAAGCCAAUAAGGUUAUGUAUUUGGAGGUUAAACAUCACUCUCUUGGACAUCACCUGAUAGUACUUAAUGUUGUACAGAUAAUGAUGCAUUUGUGUUUAAUUUGACUAUGAACACUCUGCACAAAUAAUAUCAAAACUUUGAUCAAGCAGUUAAUCAUCACUAAGAUUAUUUAAUGGCAUUUGGUAAUGGUAGUAAUGGUAGUGAUAUUUAUAUUUCAAAUGAUUGUAAUAAUAAUAACAGCAGUUAUUGUUGCUUAGGUGGUACAUAUAUGCCUCCAUAAGGUUUUAAGGAGGGGGAUUAGUAAGCUAUUGAUUAUAUGGCUGGCAGUGAGGACUUUAAAGUAAUAGAAAUUGAAGUGUAUUAAGUGCUAGUAUGA